AUGGAUAAAGCAGUAAAAUUAACGGCACGCAGGAUUUGUCAUUAUGGUAAUUUACUUGCCAAGGAUCUUGUUGAUAAAACGUUUACGGAAUCUAUAAAUAUAAUCUUACCUCCGAAUUUAGAAAGGGCAGUUAUAAAACUUGGAGAAACGAAAAUGGAAUUGGCUUGCGAAACUCUUUCGUGUAGCUAUCGUAAUGCAUUUAGAUGUUGUUUAAAAAAUCUAGAUAUAAUGAAAAAAAUUGUGAAUGAUAAAUUAAACGAGCAGUCUUUUAAUAAAGUUAAAAAGCAAAAUACGGAAAAAGACAAAUUAUUUACCUUAAAUAAUUUGCUUUCUGACGAUUCUUUGACAACAAAGUUACGAGAUUAUAUAGUUGAGUCUGAUCCCGAAUGGAUAAAGUUGAAUAUUCCGACUGAGAAUGAAAAAACUCAAGAGAUUGUCAAAAAACGAGUCGAUAAAGUACUGACGCCUAUUUUAUUAGUUGCAAAUUUAUUGCAUCCGGUUUACCAAGGUAAACAGUUUUUUCAUGUAGAAAAAUACCAUUUACAAGCUCUUGUCAUAUCUGAACUACUUGACCGAUUAAGUUCAUCUUUGAACUUGUCCUUGGUAUUUGUCGGUAGAAUAAGUAUGUUCGAGAAAGAUGCGGAAUGA